AUGGCGCGUAAUUCCGAAAAGGCGCACUCGAUGCUCUUCCGCUUUCGCGCUGCGCAGGCCGCCGAAGCUGGAAUCAUCGACAUCUCGCGCACUCGCCGCCCCAAGCUCAUAACCUCGGUCAACUCGAUUCCCGUGUGUGAGAAAUGGCGCGGCCAAGUGCUAAAGGAGAUUUCCCGCAAAGUUACAAAGAUUCAGGACGAAGCGCUUUCAGACUACCAGAUCCGCGACCUCAACGAUGAGAUCAACAAACUCAUGAGAGAGAAGCACAUGUGGGAGAGUCAGAUAAGAGGCUUGGGUGGGCCAAAUUAUAUGCGAGGCGGACGAGUGCUGGAUGAGGAAGGGCGGGAGGUGCCAGGAGGCGGAAAGGGGUAUAGAUACUUUGGACGAGCGAAGGAUCUGCCGGGAGUUAAAGAGCUAUUCGAGAGGCAGAGCAGGCCGGAAGACGACAUGGAUAAGGGGCGCGAAAAGAGGAGCGAGCUGAGGCAGAAGGUGGAUGCGGGCUACUACGGCUACAACCUAGACGAAGAGGAUGGGACGUUGCUAGCAUACGAAAAAGCCAAAGAGAGAGAGGCUUGGGACAAUUUCAUGGUGCUCGGCGAUGACAUGGACGAUAAGCCAAGCAAGACGCACAAGGAGUGGAUGGAAUUGCCUGGAGAUGCGGGUGACGGCAUACGAUGGCGCGUCCCAACACUCGAGGAGGUGAACAACGAGCUGGUAGAGCGCAGAAGGAGGAAGCUCCUUGAGAAGCUCGGUUGA